UUGUGGUCACGUGAAUGCAGAUGAUUUAGAGCUUCUCUUUCUCCGGGUAGAGGAGGAAGUAAGUUUGCUCUUUUGUCAAUCUAACCACACCUCAUUGUCUACAGAACGUUUCACUCUCAAAAAGGUUUUAUUCUGUGGUAGCAUGAGGUUGCUGAUCAUUGCAGCUGCCUCUCUGGCAGUGGUGAGCUGUGCCAGCCUCUCUCUGGAGGACCUGGAGUUCCACGCAUGGAAACUCAAGUUUGGUAAGUCCUACCGUUCCCCUAAGGAGGAGGCCCAGCGCAAACUCACCUGGCUCUCCACCCGUCCCAGGGUCCUGGCCCACAACAUCCUGGCUGAUCAGGGCAUCAAGACCUACCGCAUGGGCAUGAACCAGUUCUCUGACAUGGACAAUGAGGAGUACCGUAACACUGUCCUCCUCAGAAGCACAUUCCUUUCCAACGAGACCAAAACUUUGGACCAGCGAGGUAUAAACACCUCCAGACAGAAAGGGGGCACUAAACUUCCUGACUCGGUGGACUGGAGGAAAAAGGCCUGUGUGACUUUUGUCAAAGACCAGACCCACCACUGUGGAUCCUGCUGGGCAUUCAGUACAACAGGUGCACUGGAGUCUCACACCUGUAUCAAAUAUGGACGUCUCCCCUCUCUGAGUGAACAGCAGCUGGUUGACUGCUCUAGGUCCUAUGGAAACAUGGGCUGCAAUGGAGGCUACAUAGACCUGACCUAUCAGUACGUCAUCAAGAGUGGAGGAGUGGACACUGAGGACUCAUAUCCUUAUCAGGCAGAGGAUGACAAUUGUCGCUUCAAACCCUCUGAUGUUGGUGCCUCCUGUAGAGGAUACACCAAGGUGAAAACUCCAGGAAAUGAAUCUGCCCUUCAAGAGGCUGUGGCCAAUGAGGGACCCGUGUCUGUGGCCAUUGAUGCUGAGCGGGACUUCCGGUUCUAUGAGUCUGGUGUCUAUGAUGAGCCGUCCUGCAGCAGAACUAGACUGAAUCAUGCAAUGUUGGUGGUGGGCUACGGAACUGAAGAUGGCCAAGACUACUGGCUGGUGAAAAACAGCUGGAGUGCUUCUUGGGGAGAGGAAGGCUACAUCAAGAUGUCCCGGAAUCAGGACAACCAGUGUGGCAUUGCUUCCUAUGCCUUCUACCCUGAGGUCUGAUGAGGUCCAACAGAGACACAUGAAGAUGAUGUAGUGUUCAACGACUACAUAGUCCACUGGAUAUUUGUUACCAUAACAGAAGAGCAAUUAUUACUGUAAUUUUCAAUACCAGCUUUUAUCUGUCAAAUUUGUAUCUGGCUUAUACUAGACAUGAACAUAUGGGGAACUGAUAGUUACGGGAAACAUUGAUUAUUCUAAAAUGUUUUCAAUGUAGCUUCUUUAACACAUGAAUAAUGGUGUGAGGUAUACUGUGGCUGGCCGUGUGGAGUUCUACAGUUUUGUACCCCUGUUUAUCGGUUACCGAAAUACAUUUCAACAAAUUGAAAUUCAAAAAUGUGUUUUAAAGUGAUAAAUAAACCUUGUAUUGCAUAGAUCAGGUAUCUGGAAAACCCACACUGUACCCCAAUGAGUUUCAAUGAAUUUUGCAUCAAACAAAUGUGAUAUAGUUUCUCCCUAUCCAAAUAUCUGUACAGAUGAUAAUGCUGCUUUGAAAAGGCCACCCUUGUUUGACCGCAACCACAGCUUAAGUUGUUGUUCAUUUUAGUCACUAUAGGUCAUAUUGAAAUGAUAAAGGUCUGAUCACAUUUUGAAGUGAGAGAUGGAUUGAUUGAUUAAAUGAUUGGUUUAUUUUGUGGAAUGAUAGAUUGACUGAUGUAAAGGCUUUAACAACCUUUCUAUCUAUCUAUCUAUGCACAGUGUCUCUCUGCCUGUCUGCCAUAACCACAGCCUAUGUCAGCAAUCACAGUAUAUACUGUGUUUGGAAUGGCUAAGAUUGAGUGAUGGUCAAUAAAUAAGUAAGAAGCAAUAAUUAUAGAUAUAUGACUUGACUGCAUUAAAUAUGAAAGUUUUUUACCCCUGAUGCAGAUAGCCUAUUUCUGGACAUUAGCUGACUGUAAAACUGAGAACAACAAAUAAACAAAUAAAAACCAAAACCAUACAAACAAAAAAGAUUUCUGGUUCGCCCUCUUCACAUGAUGGAAUUUAACC